AUGGGUUUUCCAAAAUAUAAUCUCAUCGUCAACUGUGAAAGAUCUUACCGCAAAAAUGUUCCGAAGAAAAAAAAUCUCAAGAUAUUUGUAAGUAAAAAAGUAGAAAAAAGUUCCAGAUUUACUUCAAAUUGUUCACACUUCGUGAAACAAAGAGGAUACAUCACAAACUCAUUGACAAAGGAAGAGAAACAGUUUCCAAUUGAUUUCAGUAUACUUAUACAUACGGAAGUGAAGCAGGUUGAAACACUUUUACGUGCGAUAUACCGGCCCCAGAAUCUCUACUGCAUUCACGUGGACACGAAAAGCAGUGCAGCGUUUUAUGAAGAAAUCCAUGCAAUUUCAUCUUGUUUUGACAAUGUUUUCUUGAGCUCUCAAAGGUUUGAUGUGCAAUGGGGCACAAUGACAGUUUUAGAACCAGAAAUUGUUUGUAUGAACGACCUUUGGAACAACAAUGUUUCUUGGAAAUACUUUAUCAAUUUAACUGGCCAGGAAUUUCCAUUGCGAACAAACUUUGAACUUGUGAAAAUACUCAAAGCUUACAAUGGAGCCAACGAUAUAUCAGCAACACUGCGAUUGGCCAAUACGAAACGUUGGUCGAGUGCUGGACCAGCCCCUCAUAAUAUUAGACCUUCAAAAGGCUCCGUACACAUAGUAGCCAGUAGGGGCUACGUGGAUUAUCUCCUCCAUGACCAAAGGGCAAAGGACUUACUAGAGUGGACACGAAAAACAGACGUACCUGAUGAAACAUACUUUUCCACGCUGAAUUCCAACACUCAUUUAAAUGUUCCCGGUAAUUACUUGGCUAAUCCAAACCACACAUACACAUCGUCGUUGACUCGCUACAAGCAGUGGGGGUUUGAUGAACAAGAAGAUCUCUGCAAAGGGAAGUUUGUCCGAAAUAUCUGCAUUUUAGGCGUCGGUGAUUUGCAAAGGUUAGCAAAAAGUGAAAUGCUGUUUGCCAAUAAGUUUUUCCUCGAUUUCCAGCCAUUAGCCCUAGAAUGCUUGGAAGAACUGAUUUACAAUCGGACCAGGGGAUACUUAGGAAGUAUUCAUUUUAAUGACACACUUUAUACACAGCAGGACUUUGUGAUAAACCAAAUUACUAAAUAA